AUGAACAACACGGCGGCGCCGGCGGCUGACUCCGGUGGCUUUCUUGGGUCACAAAACGUCGGAGGGUUCGGGUACGGUAUCGGAAUCUCAUUCGGCAUACUUCUCCUCAUCAUAACCAUCACCUUGGCUUCUUAUUAUUGUACUAGAAGUACACAACCGUCGUCACCACCACAGCAAUUCAGUUCCCGGCGGCGGAGGAGUGGCAAUGGUGCGAUCUCCGGCCAACCAGACUCAGACCAUUUCGUGGUGAACGUGGGUCUUGAUGAGGCGACACUUUUGAGCUAUCCGAUCGUCGCUUAUUCAGAUGUGAAGAUCAAGCGAAAAGAUUCAGGCUCUUCGUGUUGUUCGAUUUGUUUGGCUGAUUACAAGGGGAAAGAUUUGCUCCGACAGCUGCCGGACUGCGGCCACCUUUUUCACGUCAAGUGUGUUGACCCGUGGCUCCGGUUGAAUCCGACGUGUCCAAAUUGCCGGACGACAUCUCCGAUCCCGACGCCACUUUCGACUCCGUUGGCGGAGGUUGUUCCGCUCACCGGCAGACGGAGUUGA